AUGAAUUUUCAUUCUACAUGCAUAACUAAUUCUCAAGAUGGCUUAAAAAAACCUACUCGAAAUAAAGAUUGGAAAUGUGAUAAUUGUAUACUGAAGAUAAUUCCAGAUCGUCGGAACCAUGAUAAGAGUGAUUUAAAUAAAGAUGACAUAAAAAAUAUUAAAAUAAAUUUAAAUAACAUUUCCUUCAAAUUAGAUACUUUGUCGGAUUCAAUUAACAAAAUUGACUCAAUCGAAAAAUCAAUUUCAUUUAUAUCUUCUAAGGUUGAUGAAUUUAAUGUGAAAUUUGAGACUAUCUUGUCGAAAUUAAAAACCCAUGAAAAAAAAAAUAUCGAACUUGAAAAAAAGUGUGCAAUAUUGGAACGCGAAAUAUUAUCACUCAGUAGGAAUGCGAACACUCUAGAACAACAAAAUUUAGCUAACAACAUUGAAAUUACUGGCAUUCCGAAAACUGAAAACGAAUCUUUAGUUGUAAUUGUUAAUAGUACUUCCAAAGUUUUAACCAUAAAAGUUGAAUCAAAUGAAGUUGUAAAUUCCUAUCGCACUAAAACCACAAAAAAAUCGGGUAGUAAUGUAGUGAUAUGUUUUGCAGAUAAAAAUAAAAAAGAUGAAAUUAUUAAUAUGAUGAAAAAACGUUCAAAAAUUGAUAAAAAACCGUUACUUGCUUGUGAUUUAUCAACUAAAUUCACUAACCAAAGAGUCUUCAUAAAUGAUCAACUUUCCUAUAACAAUAAGAAACUUCGCUGGUUGGCUAAGCUGGUUGGAACUCAAUAUGGUUUCAAAUAUACUUGGGCAAAUUCGAGUGGUGUUUAUAUGAGAAAAAAUGAUGGUCAAGUUGGAGUUAAAAUUACUACUUCUCAUCAAUUAAUGGAUUUAGAUACUGAUAAGAAAAUAAGUGAGUUAUGGAUGUGA